AUGGAGACUAUUGCAGAAGCAAAGUCUCGUCCGAGACCCACCAGUCCGGUCAAGCCACCCCGGAAAAGGAAGAGAAUAGUGAUCUCCUGUACGGAAUGUCACCGACGCAAACAAAAGUGCGAUCGAGCUUCUCCAUGCUCUAAUUGCGUUGCUAGAAAUAAACAAUCCCUCUGCCACUACGAGAACGAAUCCGCCAGGAAAGCACAAUUGUUGGAAGAGAGUAAUGCGGCGUCCUCAGAUGAUGGCGGAUCAUUUGGCAUCAUCAAACCAGCAGAAUCGGACGAAGCAGCGCAAGUCACAGCAUUUGGCUAUGCUAAGUCCAAUGGAAACAACAAUACCACUCUCGGAAUAUUCAAGAAGCUUGAAACCCACGAUGUAGAAUCUCCUUCCCUAACGUCGACGUUCUUAUCCACUGUACCAGAUCAGACAGGGCUGAAGGAGAAGUAUAAGAGCUUGAUAAGACAGUUGCCUUCUAAACCAUACAUCGAGAAGCUGGUGGCUACCUUCUUUCGAGAGGUUAAUUGGCAAUACUAUCCUCUAGAUGAAGGUACAUUUCGAGAUAACCUAAAGAGUUGGCACAACCUCUCCUUCUCGACUCUCAACAAAGGCCCCCUCGAGCUUCCUCCGGACUUACAGUUUUUUCCCGGCUUGCUCUUUCAAAUACUCGCCCUAGCUCUGCAAUACCAACCUCCUGACUAUGAUCCAAGUCUCGAUUCCCUGAAGUAUGCCGCAGCGAUGUCCUUUGACGACUUAGCAAGCGACUAUAGCGAUUCCGGUUGCCAAAUACUCUGUUUGCUCGGGAAAAGAAACACAACAUUGGUUACAGUACAAGCUGGAUUUUUGCGGACUGCAUACUUGAAAAAUGGCGGUAUGAUUACGGAGAGUUGGCAUUCCCUAUCCCAGACUAUACGUGAUGGGCAAGAGAUUGGACUACACAAAGCAAAUAGCGGUCACAGGCGCAAGGGCGAUGAGAAGCCAGAGGACAUAUUGGAGAGCCUUUGGGCGGAGCAAUCGCGAAGACGGCUCUGGCUGGUACUAUCUCUGUGGGACAUACAUAUGGCAAUUGUUCUUGGACGACCAACCACUGUUGACUGCAGAGACGGAAAGCCAGCAUUCCCUAUCGAUGCGCCUAUUCCCAAGAAUCGGAGAGAAGUAGCACCAGCUCCGAGAUCAGAAUCCGACCCUCCCACAUCUCUAACAAUGCUUCUUUGGUCUGCAGAAUUGUCUGCCCCACUCUGGGACAUUUUCAAUCUCGAGAAAGAAGAUCCGAACCAGAAUAACUUUACCAAGGUCGAGACAAUGCACAGAUUAAUCAAGCAGAUUUCCUUACAUUGCCCUCCUUACUUCAGAGCGACAAACCCAGAUACAACCUUCGAUUCGCAUCCAGACUGCUAUUGGCUUCCUCGUUGUCGACCCCUCUUCCAAAACUCCGCAGCAUUCACAAUCAUGGCUCUACAUCGUCCCUACAUCUUCACCAACGCUGCGAGUCGAACAGCGGCAUUGCGAGCAGGGCUCGACAUUCUGCGUGCCCAACGAAUGUUCUUUUCUUUCCUCAACGUAGCACAGUACAAGAUGCAUUCCCUGGUCCUGAACACCUUUGAUGCCGUCGUUCUCGCCGCUGCGAUCUACAUCCUCCAUCCUGCAGAAAAUAGAGAAGACUUGGAUGAUACACUUCAACACUUCGACUGGGCUAUGGAACGCUUCCAAGUCAUCAGCACACGCAAUAGUAUGGCAGGCGGGGCACUCAAUGUCCUCAAAGCGAUAAACGUUCGCCUGAAGAAGGCCCUUGCGAAGCCUCAGCAGCAAUACUCUUCAACGAGCUCAACAGCUUCCUCGAAUCCAUCGCCCGCGUUACCUACCCCCGAUUCCUCCACCCACACCAAACAGGAGUACCCCACCCCAACCUCCCACCAUCCCUCCAUAUCAAGUGCCUCAACCACUUCAACAAGCCAGAGCAAUGGCACAGCAAACACACAAUACACCCUUCCCACAAUCUCUAACCUCACAGAGGCCACACCAGCGCUGACCACAGCCGCACCAACAUCAUGGGAGGCCUUCUCCAACACGAUGCCAAUGGCACCGAGCUUCGAUUUCAGCUCCAUGGCACCUCUCCAACCCAUGCACGACCUUCUCUACAACGACCUAGGAACAGUGGACGGAAACAGCGUAAUCGACCCCAACCUACCCGUCAGCGGCGCAUUGGAUGGCGGAUGGAGUGCGCCUGGAGGACAGUGGCAGUUCGAGGGAGACUUUGGCAACGAUAGUUUUUGGGGUUUCAUGAAUAGUUAUAUAACCUAA